AUGGCCCUUUAUGCAGCCCCUGGGCUGGCUGCAGACUUCAUGUUUGUGACUUUGACCCUACUCCUGGAGUUCCGACAGGGGAAGGGGCUGGUGAAGGGGCUGCCACUGUUCAAAAGGUUCACGCAGACCCGCUGGGCCGCCCCUACAGAGAUCCUGGAGGACAUCCUUGCCGCUGUGGACCAGAGGCUGCCUGAGUUCUCAGAACUACAAGACUGCUUCCGGGAGGAGCUCAUGGAGGCUGUGCACCUGCACCUGGUGAAGGAGUACAUCAUCCGCCUCAGCAAGAAGCGCGUGGUCCUCAAGUCGGCCGAGCAGCAGCAGCACCUGGCGGGACACAUCCUCAACAACGCUGACCUCAUCCAGAGCUUCUGCGCUCAGAACGGCUCCCGUGCCACCUGGCUGGAUCCUGCCCUCCCCAAGCUGGCCGAGAUCAUUCGCCUGCAAGACCCCAAUGCCAUCAAGAUUGAGGUGGCCACUUAUGCCAGCUUGUACCCCGACUUCAGCAAAGGCCACCUGAGCGCCAUCCUGACCAUCAAGGGGAAUCUGUCGAGCAGUGAAGCCCGGAGCGUCCGAAGCAUCCUGGAUGUCAGCAUUGGGUCGCAUGAGUCUUCCCACCCCCUAUUUUCACUUAUAAAUGUUGGUUAG